CUCUACUGUCACUGGUCUAGUGUCACUCAACCAACUACUGAACCAACUUCAAAAUUUGUCAACCCCCUUUUUAGGCUUAUUUCAACAAAGUCUUUUACAGUGAAAUUUAAUUUCACUGCAGCUUCAUUUCAAUCCAGAUCUAGAUCUUGAUAAUCUAUGUCUAGACUCUAUACUCAUACUGUCUCCUCAGAAUUACCACAUAAUAUUUGCUUGAUAAAGUCAUUUAAGUUUAAGAAGAUCUAUAAUUCUAGUUGUUCUCUAGGUCUAGAUACUCUAGAGCUAUAGAAGUAUAUCUUCUAAGUAGAUUAGACCUCUAUUCUCUAUCAUAUCAUUUCAAUAGUAUUAUAAUACUGAGUCUAUCUGUAAAUUCUAGAUAAGUUAUCAACAGUGACAGUGUCUCUAUUCUAUACUAAAGACCUAGUGAGUGCUGCUCGCACUGAAUAUUUAGAUCUAGAUACUAUACAUCAGUCUGAGAGAGUAGCAAAGUUUUCUGUUACAAUUCUGCAUCUAAAAUGACUGCAUUAAUUCCAUUGUUUAAGUUUAGAACUUUAUUCAAUUUAACAGUUUUUGGACUUAUAUUUUUUUUUGGCAUUCAGUAUUGGCUAAAAAACAAAAGUUAUGUUUUUGAUGAGAAGAGUAUAGCAGCAAUCUCUCGAAAACAUGUAGAUAAUGCUGCUGGUCCAAACAAAAACAUUUCUUAUGCCUACAACAAAGUGUUAGAGGAUUUGAGAACCAAAUACAGAGGACACAUUCUUCCAGACGACAACUUGCAGUGGAUCUUUAUGAAUGCUGGGGGCUGGAUGGGCAGUAUGUGUCUUCUGCAUGCAUCUCUUUCUGAAUAUGUCCUCUUCUUUGGAACUGCUGUAGAUACCACUGGUCACUCAGGUCGAUACUGGGCCAAUAUAUCUGAUACAAUACUUACUGGAACAUUCUACCAGUGGCGUGAAGGAACACUAAACAGAAUCACAUAUAAACCAGGUGACACAGUGUUUCAUGGCGUUGGUGAGGCAACAGCAGUAUCCUGGACAGCUGGCACAUGGAUGGUGGAGUAUGGCAGAGGCUUUAUCCCUUCCACUUUGUUCUUUGCUCUUGCUGACUCUUUUUUCAGCACUACAGACUUUCUGACAGUGUUUUAUAUAUUCAGAGUGUAUGCUAAGGCCAUGGCCAUGGAGGCGCUUCUUUAUUUAGAGAAUCUAUUGUAACUCUUGCAUUAGGGACACAUAAUAAAUGUUCAUUGUAUACAAAUUGCUAUGAUUUGAACUGACUGAAGUUAAUCUGUUGUGCAAGUAAUUAGGUAAAUGUAUUUCUUUUUUUUUUUUAACAAAUUUGGAUUCUUUAUUACAAACUUUAGACCCUAUUUGUAAAGUGUCCAUUAACAUAAAUUGGUUACAACUUUAUUGUGGAUGUAUUGUGACUGUGUAAUGUUAUUUAUGAAGUGAAGAGACAUAAUUGUAAUUUAUAAUAAUUUAUUAAUAAUAUAUAAUUGCUUUUUGUACUUUUUAAUUAGAAAGUUAAAGUGUGUAAUGAAUAAUUAUAUACAUUUGUUAAAAAU